AUGAGUAAUUACGAAUAUUUGUCAGUAACUGAAAGACAACUUCUAAGUAAAUGUCCCUAUCAUCUGACUCUCGCAAUUGAAGUGUUAACUAAACCUUCUGCGAAAAAACGCGGUAAUUAUGAUAAACCACCAAGACCACAAAAUAGUUGGAUUAUCUUUCGAACAGAUUACGAAGCUAAUAUACGCCAACUUAAUCCUAAUAUCAGACAAAAAGUUUCACAUACUGCGAAGGAAUGUAGUUUGAAAUGGAAAUUGCAAUCAAGAGAGGUUAAGAAUUUUUUCAAAAUAUUGGAGAAAAUAGCCCGCAAGAAUCAUGAGCAUAUAUAUCCUAAUUACAAAUAUAAACCGAAAAAUACAAAAGAUCCAAGCUGUAAAAAAUUUACUUUUCGAGAACAGAAAAAAUACUCAUUUACUUCGUCUGCCAAGUUUGGCUCAAGAAAUGAUAAUUUAGUUGAAAAGGAAGCAAAAAUUAACCCGUCGCCCUUCUUAACAAAUAAUAUGAGUAACAAUUUUUCCAGUUUCACAUCGUCGACAACUCAGUAUAAUCCUCACAAUAUUGUAUGCAGCAUACCUACGUCAAUCGACAAUUUUAGCGCGUCGAGUAAUCAUCAAUUUUUAUUUGAUGGCAACGACAAUAAUUUGAUUGAUUAUUUACUCAACACAAACUUUUAUAAUUCAACUCUGAUAAGCGCACCUAUCGACAUCACAAAUACAGCUAGUGUUCCAACAGCAUCAUUGAUUUCUUCACCCUCACCACAUGCUCAAAUAUCUAUCUCUGAAUAUUUUACUUAUGAUUCUACAUAUAUGGUUGGAAAUUUCUCGAAUGUCAAUUUUUGA